ACAACAACGAGUUGGGGGAAAUGAAAGUUUCAAUAGGGAUUGGGCAACGUAUCGCAAAGGUUUCGGUUCCUUUGAUAGUGAUUUCUUCCUUGGACUCGAGAAGAUACAUCGUAUCACGAGUUUGCGGCGUCACGAACUGUAUAUACAUUUGGUUGAUGUAUAUAGGACUGUUUACUUUGCUCGUUAUGACGACUUCAAAAUAUCUGAUGAGGACAAUGGAUACGCACUGAGUUUAGGUACAUUCAGUGGAGCUUUUGUUUUGGAUGGGAUGAGAUUCAGCGAAAACAUAAAAUUCACAACAUUUGAUCGCGACAACGACUCUGCCAGUAAUAAUUGCGCAGAUCAAUACGAAAGUGGCUGGUGGUACAAGAAUUGCUAUUAUUGUAAUUUAAACGCACCAUAUGGGCCAAAUCUACAUUGGUUGGGCACUACAAUGAGCGAUAUGAAACUAAAAGAAGUUAAGAUGCUAAUUCGUCCCGAAAGAAGCGAUGAAGAAGUGAGCAACUAAAGAGCUGAAAUUCAAAUAUUUA